AUGUGGGUUUCUGCCAUCGGAUGGUGUCUGCCUUCAGAUACAAAAGGACUGGGGCGAACAAGGUAUCAUGGUGACAGAAAGACUGAGGCACAACAGGUGGUCUCUCUGUUUGCUUUUAUGCAUUGGCUAGAAACAAGAGAUCUUCUAAUACAAACUGAAGUAGAGGAGAAGUUAGGAUGUAAGCCACAAUUUGUGUUUUAUUUAUUAUUUAUCAUGCAUCCCCUACAUCUUGCUCUAUAUAUUGCGAAUCCGCAGUCGGCUGCAAACGUGGUUCAAGCCGGCACAAAGGAACUAACAACAAAGGUGAGAGAUGGGGAUUACAACGUCAAUGAAAGGGUCAAUGUUGUUACCGUAAAAACCACUGAAAUCGGACACAGGACAUGGGGAAUGGUGAGAGGCGUAAUGGCGUUAGCUACACAAAAGGUAGAAGAAUACGCCAAAGAAGUCGGUACCCCUCGUAAAACUGAUGACUGGCCAAGAAACAAAAACCAAGGUGACCGGUUUAGUCAAGAAUUAAAAUCUUGGAAUUCGAAUGGUGGGAAUGGUGGUGUCUCGGUCAACAGCUCAUCGGGUAGGAACGCCGGUUCCAGUGCUUGGGACGAUUGGGACAAUGACGGGUACAGAAAGCAUGCGUCUGAUAAUGGAGAUAGCUGGGCAGGUUGAGAUGACGAUAAAGAUGAUGAUGAUAGUUUUGGCCAAGCACCGUCUAACGGUAAAACCGCUGGUACUCAAAGUGGGAAGUCAGAUGGAAACUGGUCUGGUGCAGGCUUUCAUUAAGAAAUUUGUCUUUUAAAUUAACUUGUUGAGUAAGGGUUCUGUGUUGAAAGAAGUUCAGGUUUAUACUAUACAUGUACAAUUGUGA